AUGGAGAAAACCGACGCCAAGGCGUUCGUCGAAGCGGAGCAGAAGCAGCUGCCUCACGGCGGUAGCAAGACGGCCGCCGCAGAGGUGAUCAUCGUCGAUGAUCCGGAGGCUGUCAGUUGCCCGAAAUGCCUUCAACCCCUCAAACCGCCAGUGUUCCAGUGCGCAACUGGACAUCUUAUCUGCUCCUCCUGCCACGACAUGCUCCCGGACAAGAACAAGUGCGCAUCGUGCUUCAUCAAUACGGGCUACUCCCGCUACUCCCUCCCCACAAGCUACAGCCGCUGCCAUGGGGUUGAGCGCAUCCUGCGAUCCGUGCGUGUUGCCUGCCCCUACGCCAUCUACGGGUGCACUUCCGGGAAGAUGCUCUACCACGAGAAGGAGGAACAUGAGAAAACUUGCCCCAUCAAAGAUAGCUCAAUGAAGCGGCAGGGACGUGUUCUGAAGAUCGGCCCAUACGGUGGUAGCGGCGGCAAGCGGAGAGAGAUGGACGUGCGCGGCAUCGACCGUAUCAUUAAGGUGGUUGUCUGGCACCGCGACUUCACGGUUGACGCCAUGACCGUGGUCUAUGAACGGCAUGGCCGGGAGGAGCAAACAGAACAAUGGGGCACACCUGCAGGGGAGUGCUCAGAGAUCUGUCUGGAGUCGGAUGAGUACCUCACUGGCUUGAAAGGGCACCUGAUCCACUACAACAACGUCUUCAUGAUCAGAUCGCUCAUCUUCGUCAGCAACCGGCAAACCUUCGGCCCGUAUGGGAAGGAGGACGGUGUGCCGUUCGAGCUCCCCGCGGCAGGAGGUAGAAUCGUUGGCUUCCAUGGACGCUCUAAGGAUUACCUCAAUGCUCUUGGCACAUACGUUAAGAUGGUAGUCUAA